AUGCUUGCUGAAUCGUUUUCUCAGGUAUGUGACGACUGGGAGCACUAUCUACAAUGUAAAUAUGUACCAGUCAACCCAGUCGAGUCAUUCAGAACAUACGACGUUGCUAAGCCGAGUGUGGUUAAACUAUACAAAGAACAACACGAAAAUCAAACUGUAGAUUUUGUUCUUAAAAGUCGAAAAAAGUUUAGCCAACUGGACAAAGCCCAUAUGGGAAUAUGGGAAGCAUUAGAGAUGUUGAAUGAGCUCACGGACGAAUCUGACAACGAUACCGAGUUGUCGCAAAUUGAACAUUGUCUGCAGACAGCCGAGGCAUUAAGAAAAGAUGGAUUUGAUGAUUGGAUGGUAUUGACUGGGCUCAUUCAUGAUCUAGGCAAAUUACUGUAUUAUUUUGGUGCUGAAGGACAAUGGGAUGUCGUUGGGGAUACAUUUCCAGUCGGAUGUCGGUUUUCAGAGAAAAUUGUUUAUCCAGAGUUUUUCAAAUCAAAUCCCGAUUAUAACAAUCCCGCAUACAAUACCCUUUGCGGAAUCUAUGAACCAAACUGCGGAUUGGAUAAUGUUUUCAUGUCAUUCGGACAUGACGAAUAUAUGUACAUGGUAGCAGAGAACUAUUUGCCAGAAGAAGCAUUAUACAUAAUUCGCUACCAUAGUUUCUAUGGACAGCAUCGUGAGAACGCAUACACACACCUAAUGAACGAGCGAGAUCAUGAAAUGAUGAAAUGGGUGAAAAUCUUUAAUUCCUACGAUUUGUAUUCGAAGAGCGAUGCGCCACCGAAUAUACCAGAAUUGAAGCCUUAUUAUCAAGCUCUGAUCCGCAAAUUCUUUCCAGACGAAAUUAAUUGGUAG